UACAAGACGGGGAUGUAGCUCAGAUGGUAGAGCGCUCGCUUAGCAUGCGAGAGGUACGGGGAUCGAUACCCCGCAUCUCCAUUUUUGAUUUUGGGAUUUACGAUUAAUCGAUCGAUCACGAUUGCUAGGGGAGUUUAUCAAACAUUGCUGAGUUUGACGCCUGGUGGCGGAAUAUAAAGCACGCUUCUCUGUUUACGACAUGAAAAAUACUGACUUGGAAGGUGAUAUUAUUAGUCAUUUUCACACGAUUUCAGUUUUGGUUUCCUAAACAUAGACAAGAUCAUUGCUAUUGAAUCAGCAAAAAAUCCACUAGCUUCACUAACACUCAUAUCAGUUACUUCAGACCAUGGAUACUACUUCACUGAUUUGGUUGCUUCAAGAAGAAUCUCCAACAGAAUCUUUGGUUUUGACCUUUCCAUAGGAACCGUGUAAUGAUAGUAUUUCUCUGGGUCUGGACAAUAACCCUGCAAAAUUAUACAUUUGAUUAGUUCACUUCAAACACAACAGAAUAUGAAAAUAUCAACAUCUUUUACUUUACAAUACCUCAUCAGCAUGCAUCUUUUUCACAAAGAUUUUGAGUAUAUCAAAAGUUUUCUUAUGGAAUAAUUCUUCUGUCAAACAUUGAUAUGGGACUCUUUUUGUUAACACCAUUUGGUCUAGCAUUUAGAAGGAUUGGGUUAUAAUCUUCAGUGUCAUACCUUGGAAGUGCAUUUUCCCCAGCUACUUCAUUCAGCACUUUCUGCUCCUGAUUCUACUACAUUCAAUAGUAACACUGCUUCUGCCACUCCAAGUUCUGGCAAGGGCUUUUGAUACAAGAAAUGAUAGAGAAAGAACAAGAGGGCGUGGUGGUGGCGGUGCGAGUGGCUCGGGAAAGGAUAAAAUUGACGCUCUUAGUAGGUUCCUGACCCGGAUUUUACGUCAUAUGGCAUUUUAAUUGAAAUUGAAUAUGAGGAGUGAUGGUUAUUUGAAUGUUAAUGAUUUGCUAAAGCUGAGUUUGAAGACACUUGCUAAUAUUCCUCUGAGAUCCCACACUAUUGAUGACAUUAGGGAGAGAAAGAAAUUGAGCACAAGUCUUCAUCAUAGAAAUACCUAAAUUUUAAGAUACACAAAUUCAAACGAUGGCGGGUGGAGUUUUAGUUGCUUCAAAAAAUGGAAGGCAAUAUGAGGGGAAGGUUACAAUGUUUGUUUUGGUUACAUGUUUGGUGGCGGCCAUGGGAGGUCUACUUUUUGGUUAUGAUCUUGGUAUUACCGGAGGAGUGACUUCCAUGGAACCAUUCUUGGUUAAGUUCUUCCCCGGUGUUUACAAACAAAUGAAAGAUGAGUCUGGACACGAGAGCAUGUAUUGCAAAUUUGAUAACGAGCUCCUUACUCUGUUCACAUCUUCCUUGUAUCUUGCAGCUUUAAUAGCUUCUUUCUUUGCUUCCACAACUACAAGGAUGUUAGGACGCAAGGCCUCAAUGUUUACGGGUGGCUUGUUUUUUCUUACUGGUGCAUUGCUUAAUGGUUUUGCUGUCAAUAUAGAAAUGCUUAUCAUUGGUCGUAUAUUACUUGGCUUUGGUGUAGGAUAUUGUAAUCAGUCAGUUCCAGUGUAUUUGUCUGAAAUGGCUCCAGCAAAGAUUAGAGGUGCACUCAACAUGGGCUUCCAAAUGAUGAUCACUAUUGGAAUCCUAGGGGCAAACAUUAUUAACUACUUUACUUCCAAUCUUGAGAGUGGAUGGAGAAUUUCUUUGGGUGUCGGAGCUGUCCCUGCAAUUUUGUUGUGUAUAGGAUCUUUUUUCUUAGGCGACACACCAAACUCUAUGAUUGAAAGGGGUCAACAAGAAGGAGCUAAGAAAAUGUUGCAAAAGAUUCGUGGCAUUGAUAAUGUCGAUGAGGAGUUUCAAGAUCUAAUUGAUGCUAGCGAGGAAGCCAAAAAGGUGGAACAUCCAUGGAAGAAUAUUACUCAAUUGAGAUACAGACCUCAACUAACAUUUUGCUCUCUCAUUCCGUUCUUUCAACAACUCACAGGCAUCAAUGUUAUCAUGUUUUAUGCCCCUGUCCUUUUCAAAACUUUGGGCUUUGGAAGCGAUGCUUCCCUCAUGUCCGCAGUAAUUAGCGGAGGUGUCAAUGUUCUUGCUACUUUUGUUUCCAUCUUCAUUGUGGACAAGUUUGGAAGAAAGAUUUUGUUUCUUCAAGGUGGUGUCCAAAUGUUUAUUUGUCAGAUUGUUGUUGGAAGCAUGAUUGCUGCUAAGUUUGGAGUUAACGGUGAAGGCUCAAUUAAAGCUUAUGAAGCUAAUCGUCUUCUGUUCUUCAUAUGCGCGUAUGUUGCCGCAUUUGCAUGGUCUUGGGGUCCAUUGGGAUGGUUAGUUCCAAGUGAAAUAUGCUCUCUUGAGGUUCGCUCUGCAGGUCAGGCUACCAAUGUUGCUGUGAAUAUGUUGUUCACCUUUGUCAUUGCUCAAGUUUUUCUAGCUAUGCUUUGUCACUUGAAGUUUGGACUUUUCUUCUUCUUUGCUGGCUUUGUGCUUAUAAUGACAGUUUUCAUUUUCCUGUUUUUUCCCGAGACAAAUAAUGUCCCAAUUGAAGAAAUGAAUACAGUGUGGAAGUCUCAUUGGUUUUGGACAAAGUUUGUUUCAGAUGUUGAUGUUGAUCAUGACCACAAGGACGUUGCUUGAUUUCAAUAUUAGAAAAAUCUCUGGGCCUAGAUAAUAUAUAUUAUAAUUUCAGUUAAUUCUAUUUGAUGUUGUUAGUCAUCUUGUAUUUAAGCUUUAUUUUAAAAAAUAUUUGUAUUAAUUUAGGAAUAGUUUUUAAUAUAUUGUGGCUAUAAUAUAAUAUACUUAUAAUUUUUGAUAAA